AUGUAUCAACCAGUAGCGUCGACUGCAGCAAAUAUUCUGGAAAUCUUGUUUCUCUACUCGGCCCAUGUUUUAUUACCUGCGAUUCUGCUCUUGACGACGGCCAAGCGAUCUCUUCUACGAUAUCUCUCAAUUCCAGUCUCGCUCUGCAUUUUACAUAGAGCAAUACAUGUCGCAUCCCUGCUAGGCCCGGGAUUCAUUUGGUGCGAGCUUGCUCGUCUGUUUCUUACAGUCGCAUGCCAGAGUCUGAAUCUACUGUUGAUCAACCCGAAGGAUGGCAAUGUCAUGCCCCCUGAUGUUGGCCAGAGGGCCAUGCGACGCAUUUACGCAUCGGCUCAACUUUUCACACAUCCUCGUGGGAUUAAUACUCCAUGGCGAAUCAACAAUGCCCCACCACAGCCUACCUAUUACGAACGAAAGAAAAUGGCUGUGCCUACACGCAAGCGAUUCUUAAUACGGCAAAUUUCAAUCGCUUCCUGGCAAUAUUUAGCACUGGACAUGUUUUCGAACCUUGCCUUGCGGCAGGCAAUGGAACAAGAAAAAUCAGGAAGGUUGCCGAACACUGUCCACUGGAAUAUAUCAAUUGAGCAACUGAUCGAGCGAUUCGUGUCAAAUAUUAUGGCCGGGCUUGUCGUCAGUCGCAUCCUUAUUGAUUUCCACCACCGUGUUUUCUCGGUCGUGGCUGUUGGAAUCGGUCUCGAUUCGACGUCUGAUUGGCCUCCGCUAUUUGGGAAGGCAACAGACACUUACAGCUUACGAGGAUUCUGGUCAAAGUUUUGGCAUCAACUUUUACAACAACCGUUGACGGCUAUCAGCCGCUUCAUUACUCGCGAUGUCAUAGGCCUAACACGAAAUUCUACCCUCUACCGGUACAUGAAUAUCUGCGUUGUUUUCUUUCUCUCUGGUGGAUUGCAUGUUGUGUUGGACAUUGUGCAAGGAAUACCUUCGCAAGAAUCAGGUGCCAUGUUAUUUUUCGCGUUGGCUCCGCUAGGACUCAUGGUCGAAGAUGGCAUUAAAGCAGUGUGGCGACUCCUGUCAAGUCAAAGGAAGGAUAGCAAAACACACAACCAUGCACCGCUGCCGCGAUGGCAACGAAUUCUUGGGCUAGCCUGGACGAUGGCAUGGCUAGGGGUCACCUCAACGUGGUACUUUUAUCCGCAGAUGUUGCGGCCCCAGAACCAAAAUUUGGUACCUUUCAGCUUCUCAGAUCAACUUGGGCUGCCUGUGAUUUUAGCAGCAGUGAUUUUUGGUGGCAUCACAGUGGCUUUCACUUUCCAGGUCGAGGUAUAA